GGAGAUGAUCCGUGCGGUGGAGGAGGAGAUGGAGAGGGAGAAGCAGGCCGCUGAUGACAUCAUCAAAAAGAUGUCUCCAGAGAAACAGGACCAGUACGCUGCCAUGAAGGCCAGCAACGACGAGCUGCUACAGGAGCUGGAUGGUCGUCAGGAAGAGCUGGACACCCUCAUAACACGGAAGGAGACGUUUGAAGCAGAGCUGUAUCACUCCCAGGUGAAACGGGAAGCUGUGUUACUACACGAGAAGCUUCAGGAGCUGGAGCUGAAGAGAGAUGCCAUGGUCGCAGAGGACAAGAGCAUGGGGUCGCCCCAGGAGGAGAGGGACAGGCUGUUUAAACAGGUAAAAGAAGACAACCAGGAAACAGCAAGCAUGGAAAGACAGUUGACUGAGAUGCGUGAGAAGAUGAGCCUGAUCAACGAGGAGAUCCGACAGCUUGACAAUAACAUGGAGGAACACCAAGGUGAACGAAACCAGAAGUACAAAGAACUAAAGAAGAGAGAUGAGACUAUGGACAGCUUUCUGGAUUCAUUUGAUGAGACUAAAGCUGCAGAGGUGGAGAAAAACCGUCAGACACAGGCCAUCAUCGUAGCUCUACUGGAACACUCCAGCAGAGUGAGUGAGAGAGAGAGAGUGAAUGAGUGA